CAGUGUGGUAGAACUACCUUAAAGUAAGGUCUGAGACUUCAAAAAGGAUCUUUAAGCGCAAAGCAAGUGCACUUAUUAGAAAUUAAGCACCACUACUGGGAUAAAAAAAAUAUAUAGGAAGUUUCUCGCGGAGGGUUUCCGAACAAGGUUUCCAUUUGUAUGAAAAACAAAAUACGAGAAGGACAUUGCUGGACCUUUCCGCGUAGUCUCUUUGUUUUGGAGAUUAAGAGAUUCCGUUCCAUUUGUCGGAGAUUUGGUGGGAUCUGUGUUGGUUUGCAAUAGAUGUGAGGAGUGAGGACAUUAGUGCAGAACAAAUAAGACCAUGUCGAGGGCCGGAAAACAGUUGACGCGGUCCUCCUCCGCCCUGGACACGGAGUACAAUGCCCUCAGGCGGAGGAUGAGUCGAUUGAGGGUCCAACAGGGACAACUACCCGUGGCAGACGACAUGGAUUUGGAACCAAACGACGAGUACUACAAUGAUUUGCUGAAGUUCUGGAGAAAACAUAAAAUAUAUAUGGGUAAAGAGAUGAUGUCAACCAUCGCAGAAGCAAAAGCCAAAAAGAAAGCAAAGCAAAGAGGAAGACGUAAAUCUCAUGAAUUUGAAGACUUGGACUUGAUUAAGAAAACUGGGAAGCUGACCCCAGCGAUAGAGGAGGCGGACGAAGACAACUCCGGGGAAGAAGACUCGGUGAAGAGUUCCCCAGAAGGGACCCCCAAACUAAAAAAGAAAAGUGUCACAGAACAACCUCAGGUCAACGGGAAAUUGACGCACAAUGAGCAUGCGCAAAAAAGAGAAAGUAGUGCAAAAUCCACACCAAGACCUGUCUCUAAAACUGCACAUUCCAAUGGAAAAAUAGCCACAAAAACUUCCAUUCAACGCAAAAUAUCUGACCAAGGGAAAUCAAAGAAAUAGUGGUUAUUGGCAUCAUGUGCAUUGCUUAAGUCUAAACUGAGUUUGUCUAAUAUCAACCAUUGUACAAAGUUCAUAUUUGUAAAUACUUCAUGAUGAAUUUGAGUAAACU